UGGCCAAUCUUCGACGGUUCUUCAUCUUCCGCAAAGAGGAGAGUCUUCGGAGACCCUUGCUCUUCCUUCCUCCUCAGGAAGUCGCCUGCAGCUGAGUUUAGGAGGUUCUGAAGCAGCUCCGAUGUUAACGGUAGAUGCUCACCACGACACGACGACCCGUGGCCUUAGACUAGGUAUUGCGAAUGCUACAUCACGAUCACCAUCGGCAUCGUCGGCAGCCUCUACAAGUUCUCAGGAGUCCUCGAGGGUAAUCGACCCACAGCAGGUUGUUCUCGGUACUCUUACGGCUUACGUAUAUUCAUCUUGUUCUUGAGAGGCAACAUCUUUAACGCGCUUUCGCUUUCAAGGGGAAAAAUAGGUCAAAGAUGCGCUCCGAGAUGAAUGUCGGUAAGGUCUAAUGCUCCUGUUGGGUCUCUGAGUCGCGCUACAACGCUUACGCCGAGUCCUCCUGUUACGUCCUCUGACAAACCUGCUGUCGGUCGUGCUGCAAUUCUUGAUAUUCAGCCGACGUCGAGGAGAGCCGGAAAUGGAACUCCCCAAGAAGAGGAGGAUGUUAUUGGAACUCCCCAAGAAGAGGGGGACGAAGACGGGGACAUAAGCAGAGGAUCAGGACAGGCUCACCAGGACCAACAGGAGGCAACUAGAAGAGUUGAGAGUCGUAGUAGAGCAGGAAAGAGGUCUUAUUUUCAGCUGCAAGACGCCGUUGAAUUAACGGAAUCAGAGAAGAAGGCCAAAGAAGGGAGACGACACUUUCUGUUAAGGCUUACGCUUAGUCUAAUACUAAGUAAUAUCUUCGAGUAUGUAAAUCUAAAUGAAUACGUCCAUCAUGAUCUAGAUCUAGCAGUACUUGCACAUCUUCUAUCAAGGAGGUGGCUUUUUUAUUUUUUUGUCCUUGUCCUUCUGAAGGUUCAAGUUAUUCUUAUUCAUAUAUUCGCGUCUUGUGCUUCUCCUGGUGCCGAUUUUAUUUCUGUCAAGUCUGCUACUGUCGACGUCGAGUAGUUUUCUACUGUCAACUCUGCUAUGUCGAGUUUCCUAUUGGUAUUGUCUUCUACUUUUUCUAAUUCUCGCGGUCCGUGAGAUAUUCGUACGUGUUUUGGCGUAUUUCGCUCAAGUUGCCGGAGAAAGGUGGCAGAUAGUAACGCAUAAGAAGAACCUGGCCGGAAAAGCGACUGGUACAAUGUCUGCGGAAAAACUUACUGACGAGGGAGAACAAGUUUUGUUACGACAUCACAGUAAAAAGCGUAAUUGAAAUUAAGCGGCCUUGCUCGUCCUUACAACUGUUGUGGUCCAUGAAUUAAAUACAUCUUUUCAAUCCUAGAGUCGUUUAUCACAUUAUAAGAAUAAGUAAUAAGUAAAACAAUCAUGACUAGUCGUAGACGUAGUCGCGAUCAUUAUCAUUAUCUUCGUCUUACAUUUUCAUCUUCUAAUACAUAGCGAGCUUGAGCAGUUAGGGGUGACGCCAGUCCAAGUCGUGCGUCGAGAACCUGAUUCUACUUCUGCGAAAAGAGCAAGACUUGCAUCCGCUGAUUCACCAGAGGAAGUAACAACUCAAAAGCUUAAGGCUAUUAAUGUUGACUCAUCUUACUUUCGGUGCACCUGCACCUCCAUGUGCACGACCCUCGAUGAAAAGUAUUCCAAAAUUCCUUAAAGCGAAAUACUUUCAAAGAUGCACCCACAAGGUCAAAGUAGUUAAUAAGUCCUUCUUUUUUAGAGGAAGCCGCUUCACGACCAGCAGGUCCAACAAGCUGAAUCAAAAAAAAUCUACAUGAAAAAAUGAUGCGUAUCUUCGUGACGAUCCUCUAAAAACAGUAUGCUUCUCGUUCGAGGCGAUGCGUUAUUCAGGCACGACAAGAUUACCCGUACAAGCGCGCGAAGGCGACGUGGAGAUGACGAGGAAGAAGACGAAGAGGACGAUGACGCCUUUUGGGAAAAUGAGCUCGGAUCGAUGAAACCCGAAGAAAUUCAUGCGAUCUUUAACACACUUCAGGUUUAGCCAAAUGGGAAUAACGAUGACCGUAGUAGUUGGGUUUAUUGUAGUUGGAGAUCUGGAAAAACAAUAACGAAAAGGAGCUGGUGACGAAAACUGGAACAAGAAGAAGUGAGAUACUAUGCUUAUGCCACUAACAUAUUGUUCUUAUAUGCCCCCCUCAUUUUGUUUCAGUUUCUAUAAGCCUUAGUACGUAUUCAGAAACAUCAUGAACAUCCCAUUUCUAGUACUAGUAUCAUCAACAAGACUAAGAUAGACUUGUGAAUGUAGUAGAACAACAUCUCAGCAGAUUGGGUCUCGCUUUAUGUAGUAAUGUAAAAAGAACAUUUGAGUAUAUGUCGAUGUGCAGGUCUUCGUUCAUGCAUCGUUCUUACAAAUACAAUGUAAUGGGCUUCGGACUCAAACUAGAUAGCUUAUUCUCGCUGAAAACAGAGUUAUCACAUGAAGGUUGGGCCCGUUCUUGCUCCUGGAACGAACAACAAGCAAUCAAUAGACAAUCUAUUGGCUGGAGAAUAUUGGAUUAUAUCGGCAAGCAUCACUAGAACAUGAAAAAUAGCGAGAUCAUCAUGGAUUUCACAACUACGCAAAGAUCGAAUAGUUACUAAUGUAAAAAUAGUACUAAUACGCAAGAACAAGCACCAGAACAAGGACUGACUCUUUUCGAUACCACUAAUUAUAUUGACAAAAAUAGAGACCACGCCACCACAAUUAUAUGGACCGAAAAAUGAACCGAACAAGCAGAAGCUAACAAGGUAAAGCUAAAUGUAUCGACUAUUCGUACUCUCCUAAAUAUUUCUAUUCAUCCUUGUCUACCAGUCGCUCGUACUUUUAGUUGCCGCAAGAGCAAGAGGAACGCCAUUAUAGUAAUGUACCACUACAUAAGAAUUUAUAUUUUUGAUGCAGGAGCAUAAUGAACAACGUACUAUCCGGAUGUCGACGACGCAGCCUUAUUUGUAGUCUUGAAAACGAGGACUAAGUGGAUUUAAAACUAUCUAUCCUUUCAUCCCUUGGGGGAUGGAUGCUAGUUUUCUUUUUUUAUAGAGACAUGUUCUCGAAGAUCGCCUCUCUCUGAUGACUGACAGAGGACACACCCACGCACAAGUAGAGACAAGCGCAUGAAGAUUGAUCAAAUGUAAGGGACAACUUUAAGCGCAUGAAGAUUCGCCUUGAUCGAAUAUUUAUAAGGGACAAGAUAUCCAAUUGCAAUUUUCCUCAUCCUGUUAUAAUGGACAAGAUAUCAAGUUCUUUGGUAGUCUUAGGUCCGCCUCAUCAUUAUAAGGGUGGACAACUUACUUUUAUAGCAUUAGCAAUAGCAUGCGCGUAUCGGUGUCGGUUUCUAAUUCCAUCUUUGAUCAGCAUGACGUUUUUAUCAAAUUGACGUUGUCCAAAUCUGCAAAGGUGAAAUAGAAGCUCAGCUCAGGAUCCAGCUCAGCCCAGGAGGAGACAACAACAGAACAUCCUGAUGAAUAAUGACAAUCUUGGAACUACUACGAGCGGAAUGGCAUCUACUUUUACAACUUUUAUUGCUGCCUGUCCUAGAGGUCCUCCUCCAAGUGGUGUUACAACAGCUUUGUCUACUACUUUCGGAGCUCCUACUUGUGGAC